GCUGUCUGGGAAUGUUUUUCCUCACAUCCCACUGACCAUGAAAGCAGUUGUCUUUGCGCUGACUCUAGCUCUUGUGGCGAGUCAACAUGUUAACUUUGCCCCUGAAUUUGAAGCCAGUAAGACCUAUGUGUACAAGUAUGAGGCACUGCUCCUGGGCGGUCUACCUGAAGAGGGUUUGUCCAGAGCAGGAAUAAAAGUAAUCAGCAAAGUUCUCAUCAGUGCAAUUGCCCCAACUAUCUACAUGCUGAAGCUCGUGGACCCUGAGAUCUUUGAGUACAGUGGUGUUUGGCCCAAAGAUCCUUUUGUCCCAGCUUCAAAGCUCACUUCAGCCCUGGCUGCUCAGCUCUUGACUCCAAUCAAGUUUGAGUAUGCCAAUGGUGUUGUGGGUAAGGUAUUUGCCCCCACUGGUGUCUCUGAAACAGUGCUAAAUAUCCAUAGAGGUAUCUUGAACAUCCUUCAGCUCAACAUCAAGAAGACACAGAACGUCUAUGAGAUGCAGGAGGCUGGAGCUCAGGGAGUGUGCAAGACCCACUAUGUGAUCAGUGAAGAUGCCAAGACCGGGUACAUCCAUUUGACCAAGACCAAGGAUCUGAAUCACUGCCAGGAGAGAAUCAUAAAAGAGUUUGGUCUGGCUUACACAGAGAACUGUGUUGAGUGCCAGCAGAAAGGAAAGAACCUAAGGGGAGCUGCCGCCUACAACUACAUCAUGAAGCCCACUGCCACUGGUGCUAUCAUCAUGGAGGCCACUGUUACUGAGCUCCAUCAGUUCUCACCUUUCAAUGAGAUGAAUGGCGCUGCCCAGAUGGAAGCAAAACAAACCUUUGCUUUCGUUGAGAUCAAAAAGACCCCAGUUGAGCCUAUCAAAGCAGAAUAUCUUCACCGUGGAUCCAUUCAGUAUCAGUUCGCCACUGAGAUUCUCCAGACACCUAUUCAGCUCCUUAGAAUCAGCAACGCACAUGCUCAGAUUGUGGACAUUCUGAACCAUCUGGUCAAAUACAAUGUGGCUAAGGUCCAUGUCGAUGCCCCUCAGAAGUUUAUUCAGCUUGUCCAGCUCAUGCGUGUGGCCAGCUUUGAAAGUAUUCAAGACAUCUGGAAUCAGUUUAAGGCCAAGCCAGCUUUCAGAUACUGGAUUCUGGAUGCUAUCCCUGCCAUUGGAACUCCAGUUACUUUGAAAUUUAUCAAGGAGGAGUUAGUGGAUGGUCCCAUUACCAUUGCUGAAGCUGCUCCAGCUCUGGUGGCCGCUGUGCACAUGGUGACUGCUGAUGUGGAGACCAUCAAGCUUUUUGAAACCCUGGCUUUCAACCACAAGAUUCAGGCAAACCCAGUUCUGCGUGAGGUUGCGAUGCUUGGUUAUGGUACCAUGAUUUCCAAGUACUGUGCUGCAUAUCCCACCUGCCAUGCUGACCUUUUGAAGCCCAUCCACAAUCUUUUUGUUGAGGCUAUUGCUAAGAACAACUUUGAGGAAAUCGCAAUGGCUCUGAAAGUUAUGGGUAAUGCUGGCCAUCCUGCUAGCCUUAAGCCAAUCAUGAAGCUCCUGCCUGGAUUUGGAACAGCUGCUGCUGCACUGCCCCUGAUAAUUCAGGCUGAUGCCAUCUUGGCUAUGAGGAACAUUGCCAAGAAAGAGCCCAGAAUGAUCCAGGAAGUUGCUGUGCAGUUGUUCAUGGACAAGGCUCUCCACCCAGAGCUCCGUAUGAUUGCCACCGUUGUGCUUUUCGAAACAAACCUCCCCAUGGGUCUGGUAACUACUCUUGCUGAUGCAGUGACAAAGGAAGCCAAUCUGCAGGUGGCUAGCUUUGUCUACUCUCUCAUUAAGGCCAUGACCAAGUGCACCGCCCCUGACUUUGCCUCAGUUGCUGCUGCCUGCAAUGUUGCAGUCAAGAUCCUCAGCCCCAAAUUAGACAGACUGAGCUUCCGUUUCAGCAAAGCCACCCACCUGGACUAUUAUCAUUCUCCUCUGAUGAUGGGUGCUGCUGCCAGUGCUUUCUACAUCAAUGAUGCUGCCACCGUUUUGCCCAGAGCUGUUGUGGCUAAAGCCCGCACCUACUUUGCUGGAACAGCUGCUGAUGUUCUGGAGAUUGGAGUGAGAACUGAGGGAAUCCAGGAGGCUCUUAUGAAAAUCCCCAAGGCUCCUGAAAAUCUUGACAGGAUCACCAAGAUGAAGCGUGCCAUUAAGGCUCUGUCUGACUGGAGGUCCUUGCCUUCAAGCGAGCCUUUGGCUUCCGUAUACGUGAAGUUCUUUGGACAGGAAAUUGCCUUCGCCAACAUCGACAAGGCCAUCAUCGAACAGGCAAUUAAUCUUGCAACUGGACCUGCUGUUCAGGCAGAGGCAGAGAAUGCCGUGAGAGCACUGCUGUCUGGAGUUGCUUUCCAGUAUGCUAAGCCUUUGCUGGCUGCCGAAGUGCGUCACAUAUUUCCCACUGCUGUUGGUGUGCCCAUGGAGCUCAGCUUCUACACUGCUGCUGUUGCCAUUGCAACUGUCAAUGUCAAAGCCACCAUGUCUCCACCUCUUCCUGAAACCUUCCAUGUUGCACAGUUCAUGAAGACAGACAUUCAGCUGCAGGCCGAGUUCACAGCAAGCAUUGCAAUGCAUACAUUUGCAGUGAUGGGAGUGAACACUGCCUUCAUCCAGGCUGCUCUUAUGGCAAGAGCUGAAGUCCACACAAUUGUCCCUGCCAGAUUCACAGCAAAACUUGACAUUGUCAAGGGCAACUUCAAGAUUGAGGCUUUGCCUGUUCAGAUCAUUAAUCACAUUGCAUCUGUACAUGUUGAGACCCUUGCGUUGGCAAGAAACGUGGAAGACCUUGCAGCUGCAAAAUUCACACCAAUGAUUCCUGCGGCCAAAUCUGUAGCACAGCUGUCAAAGGAGAUAUUCACAUCUAAGAUUGCAUCCUCCAUGAUUGGUAGUUUGUCAAGGUCAACUGAACUCAUUUACAAUGAUAUGCCUUCCAACUUCUUACCCAAGAAGUUGAGAGCUAUUGAAGCCCAAGCGGAGAAGAAAAUGUGUGCUAAAUCUAAGUUCUUCGGAAUCAAGGCAUGCGCUGAGAUUGAAUCUCAGAACGCAGCCUUCAUCAGAAACUCUCCUCUCUAUGCAUUGAUUGGGAAACACUCAGUCCUUGUUGAUGUGUCACCAGCUUCUGGUCCAGUCAUUGAGAAAGUGGAGAUUGAAGUACAAGUUGGACCUAAGGCCGCAGAAAAGAUCAUCAAAGUCAUCACCAUGACCGAAGAGGAGGAAGCUCCAGACGGAAAAACAGUCCUGUUAAAGCUCAAGAAAAUCCUGGUACCUGGUCUGAAGAACAGCACCAGAUCUUCCUCCAACUCCAGCAACUCUCGCUCUAGCAGUUCUCGCUCUAGCCUUCGUUCUAAAUCCUCCUCUUCCUCCAAAUCCUCUUCUUCCUCCAAAUCCUCCUCCUCUUCUUCUUCUCGUGCCAAGAGCAAGAUCAUCGAUGUGAAUGCGGCCCCAAUCAGCAAAAGGUCUAAGAAAAUCCGUAGCAGCCGCAAGAGCAGCAGCAGCAGUAAAAGCAGAAGCAGCAAACUGAGCUCCAGCAAAUCAGUUAGCAGCCGCUCUUCCAGCUCCUCUAAGUCCAUCUCCUCCAGGUCCAGCUCUUCCAGCUCUCGCUCUUCCAGCUCCCGCAUCUCAAGGCAGGAAGUCUAUGACAUGAAGUUUGCCAAGAACCAUAUUCACCAGCAUCCAAUCUCUAAGGCAAGAGCCUCCAGCAUAAGCAGCGCCUCCAGCUUUGAGGCCAUCUACAAACAGGCCAAAUACCUUGGUAAUGCUGUUGCCCCAGCAGUGACCAUCCUCAUCCGUGCAGUGAGAGCUGACAAUGAACUGCAGGGAUACCAGAUUGCUGCUUAUUUGGACAAAGCUAAUUCCAGGUUGCAAAUCAUCCUGGCUAACCUUGCUCCCAAGGACAACUGGAGAAUUUGUGCUGACGGUGUUCUUCUAAGCAACCACAAAGUUAUGGCUAAGUUUGCCUGGGGAGUAGAAUGCAAGGAAUUUGAGACUGAGAUCACAGCAGAGACCGGUCUUGUGGGACCAGACCCUGCAUUCCGAGUGAAGCUGACAUGGGACAAACUUCCCAGCGGACUGAAGCGCUAUGCAAAGAAGUUGGCUGAGUACCUCCCUAGUGCUGCUCUCUAUGCAGGACUGAGCCAGGCAAGAGCCAAGAACAGUGUUAAGCAAAUCAAAUUGAAUGUGGCUGUUGCUUCCGAGAGAACCCUGAAUGUCAUUCUGAAAACACCAAAGAGGACAGUGUACAAACAGGCCUUGGCUCUCCCCAUUGCUCUGCCCAUUGGAGCUACUGCUAAAGAGCUGAAUGUCGCUGACCAGAUCUACUACAUGUUUUCCAAAGCCAGCGCAGUUGAAUGCAGCAUGGUCAGAGAUACACUGACCACAUUCAACAACAAGAGAUACAAAAACGAGAUGCCCCUCUCCUGCUACCAAGUUUUGGCUCAGGAUUGCACCUCAGAGCUCAAAUUCAUGGUUCUGCUGAAGAAGGAUAACCUCUAUGAACAAAACCAUAUCAAUGUGAAAAUCUCUGACAUUGAUAUUGACCUGUACCCCAAGGACAAUGAUGUAUUGGUGAAGGUCAAUGGAAUGGAAGUUCCCAUCAACAACCUCACAUACCAGCAUCCCAGAGGUGCCAUCCAGAUCAGACGGAAAGCUCAGGGCCUGUCUCUCUACGCCCCUAGCCAUGGUCUCCAGGAGGUUUACUUUGAUAAGAAUACAUGGAAGGUUCAAGUUGUGGACUGGAUGAAGGGACAGACCUGUGGAAUCUGUGGAAAGGCUGAUGGAGAAGUCAGACAGGAAUACCGUACACCCAGUGGACGCCUGACCAAGAGCCCAGUCAGCUUCGCCCAUUCCUGGGUGCUUCCUUCUGAGAGUUGCCGUGACAAAUCUGAAUGUCGCAUGAAGCUCGAGUCUGUGAAGCUGGAGAAGCAGGUGAUUGUUGAUGGCAAGGAGUCCAAAUGCUACUCUGUUGAACCUGUGCUGCGCUGUCUGCCUGGCUGCCUCCCAGUGAGGACCACCCCUGUCACCAUCGGUUUCCACUGCCUCCCCACCGAUUACAACAUGAAUGGCUCCGAAGGUCUGAGGAACAUCUAUGAUAAGAGUGUGGACCUAAGGGAGACUGCAGAAGCCCAUGUGGUUUGUCGCUGCACUGAGCAGUGUGCUUAGUCUCAUUGGCAUCUUUGCCACAAACAAAGUUCUCUUUUUUUAUUUUAUUUUUUACAAUAUUCUGAAUGACUGUUCCUAAUGUAAUUGUGAAUACAUUUCAAGCAGCAUUCCAAAAAUCA